AUGUUUACUCCGCAGAAUCAGAAGAAGCUUGUGAAUGUUUGUGUAAUUGCUCUGAGGAAGUAUGGACGAAGAUAUGAGCUUGCAGUGUAUCCAAACAAGCUUUAUGAGUACAGGAACGGAAUAACGGCAUGCACAAACGAGAUUCUGCAGACUUCCACAGUAUACAGGAAUGUUUCGAAGGGAGAGAUUGCAGGGCAGGAUGAUCUGAGCAUGUUUGGCAAGCCUCAUGAUGAGAUAGUGAAGGAGAUACUGGACAACGGGCAUGAGCAGAAGAAUGAGGCAACAAGGAUAUAUGAGCAAGAAAGAACAGAGCGAGAGAUCCUUGAGAUUGUGAGAAGAAAGGUUACAAAGGAUGGAAAGCAUGUGAGCAUGAAUGCAUUGAGAGAUGCAAUGAGCAGGGUGCACAAUGUGCAUAUUGGAGACAGUAAGAAGCAAGCACAGGAAGUGGUUGCAAAGUUGGAACGACUUGGAUACGGCAGAGUGGGGAUGAGGAUUGCAGUUGAUCUGAACAACAGCAACCUCAAGAGGUUUGUAGAUGAGAAUGGGGAAGUGUGUGAUGCUCAUGUAGUGCUGCGAAGCAAUUAUUUCCCGGCGUUCAAGAAAAUAUGUGAUAGUGAGGAUGUGAGAUACAUUGUUGUUAGGAAUGAGGAUCCAGAUGAUGAGGAAAUCUGUUAG